AUGGCCGGAACGUGCUCGAUGCUGGGUCUAAUCCUCGUCACCCUGUUCAUACCACCGCUCGGCGUGUUCCUCAUGUCUGGCUGCAGCGUUGAUUUCUUCAUGAACAUCCUCUUGACAAUCCUGAGGUUAGUGGCUCAUCUCUUCCCUUGA